AUGAUGGCCACGCUGGUCUCCCAGUUCGCCAAAGCCGGGUCGCUGCUCUCGGCCGUGACGGGGCUCCCGGAAGCGGGGCUUAGUGCAGCGCUGGCCGCGGGACUGUCAGCCCUGACAUGGAGAAGCUCUUCCAGUACCACCACCAGCGUGAACGGGUGGCUAACGCUAGGCUUCGUCAUCGCCUGCGUUGCGCUCUUUACUGUUGGCGUGCCACUCGCUGAUUGGAGCCGCCUGAGUCGGGCCAGCUGGCUGGCAUGCCUUCCAUCCUUUCCCACGAUUUUGCAGCUCUUCGUGUACCUGGAAGUGAUCCCGACUUUGGGCACGCUCCUGAAGAUGGAUGCACGGCGCAUGAAGCGAGCUAUUCUGAUUGGCUCGGCCACCC